AUGAUCAGGUCCUUGUGCGUCUCGGUUGUCUUGUACAGUUGUGCAUAUGCGUCGCCGAUAGCGCAACCACAACCUCAGGCGGUGACGGCAGUGAUACCUCCGCCACAGCCACCACCGCCGGGGUGUGCAGGCACGUUUUCAGGCGUGUUUGGUAUCGCGUUGACGAAUAUCUCGGUCCCUGCUUCGCCUUCUACCCCAGCUCCGUCUUCAGAAACCAAUCCUGCUGGCAAGCUCCGGGAGAGGCAAGAGGUGCCGCCAGUGCCAAUCUUCACAAUGGGCGCCGUGUCCCAGAGCGGGGACGGGCAGGUCCAGGGAGGAAUGCACACCACGGCCAUCACCAUGUCGACGACGUCCAUGGCGCCAGUGUCGCAGAUUGGUGACGGUCAGAUUCAGGCUCCGGCGGUUACCGCUGUGUCUGGGACAUACGCGACAGAAGCGUCUCUGGUUGUGGCGCCGACGUCGAAUGUCCCGGUUCCUUUCCCUCCGCGGGGAUCGAACCAGUCCGCAACACCGACAAAGCCGCCUACAGUGCUGGAGCAGGCCUGUGGGGUCUCGACGCGGCUGAACCUCAGUCCAACCUUCCCAUUGCCAUCACCGUCGCCAUCGACAUCUUCACCACAACCUAGUAUACCAGCUCCCUCCUCAUCCUCAUCAACCUCUCCCUCUCCCAACGACAGCACCACCUCCAUCACCCCUUCAACCUCACCCACUCCAUCCCCCUCGCCACGCCUAUCCCUCGUGUCCUGCCUCACAGACUCGACCCUGCGCCUGCACCUUCGCGACAACAACCUCUACGACGCCUUCAACCGGACCGGCUACAUCGCGUCGAACUACCAAUUCCAAUUCGACGGGCCCCCGCAAUCAGGCGCCAUCUGGACCAGCGGCUGGAGUAUCUGUCCCGUCGACACAAGCAACAAUAACAAUGACUUGGGUCCUCGUUCUAGUUCUAGUCCCACUCCCGCUGGCGAGACAAGCACGGUCGACGAGGACGACGGGAUACGGACGCUCGCGCUCGGCGGGACCACCACCUUCUGGCAAUGUCUCAGCGGCGACUUUUAUAACCUGUACACGGAGAAUUGGGCCGCGCAGUGUAGUCCGGUCGAGUUGAGGGUUGUGCGUCUGGUGGCUUGUGGUCAGUGA